AUGCCAAAUUUGGAAGACUCCUAUACAACUAAGUUGUUUGAUCGCAUACAUGCUGCGAUUGACAAACUGGAGACCCGGUUGGACGCAACCAAUCGACGCUUUGGCAAACUUCAUGCGCCUCCCCUGCCGGAGCCACCGCCUCAUCAGACUCCAAACCCGAUGUACUCGCAGCGAACCCGCCGCUAUCCACCCCACAGUCAAUCGCGGCCUAGAACACCUCCAUACACCUCUAGGCCGUCAUCGUAUUUCAGCCCAGAUACGUACGGCCCGCAGCCGUAUUCGUGUUCAGACUGGGAACAACCUGGAGUGCUCAGCGACUACUACGAGCCGCCGCACGCACGCUCUAUUUCCAGCUGGUAUUCCGCUCGGCAGAAUGUCUACCGGCCUCCGCGCAACGCCUUCACCUCUGGGGAUCAGUUCGCGGAGCAGGAACGACCACUCCGACAGCCGCAUUGCGCUCGCCAAAGCCCGAACUCGGGUUGGUCUUCGUCAGAAUCGCACCAGCAGCCGUUUCUGCAUGUGAAAAACCAGACUUGUUGGGAUCUGCCCUCCCAAACGUCCGGUCGCCGUGUUGGAAAGAUUCGCGCUCCCCCGUUGCCAGAACAUCAGCCACAGCUGACUCCGUCAGAUCGUCAGCUACAGCAGCCAAGUACAACAUCGACUAUUGAGCUUCCUCCCUACGCCGCACCGAGCCCUUGCCAGCCCUUGCUAUCGAUGUCCGUGAAAGCUCCAUUAUGCGCCUUUCCUCGUCAACCGCAAGCGGGUGUCUCAAGCUCAAGGAAAAAGGAGUGGAAAAUUGAUUCGCACGAUGAUGAAGAGAAGAGGGAAGAGAAGUUGAUAGUACUUAGUAAUGUGUGGAAUCAAAAAGAGAUAAGGAAAGAGAAUGACUCUAUUACCAAAAGAGAAGAUGAGGUCAACAACACUUUUCUGAGGGUGAUCGAGAAAGAGAUGAAACCUGAAGCUCUUGAUUCUAGUUUGGAGUCGAAAGAAAAGACUUUAAGUAUGCAUCCUGAAAAGCAGAGCAAAAUCGAGAGGAUGGAGAGUCUAAGCCUUGUUGAGGAGGACAAGGCUGCUUUUGAGAUACAAAAGUACAACCUUGAAGAGGAAAUGGAAGAGAAGAGAAUGUUAUUUGAGGAUGGGAUUAGAGUCAAGACUGUAAAAUUGGUUACGAAGAAGGCCGCAAUCAGCAACACAAAGAAAAUAUUGAAAAAGAGAGGGCAGUCUUGUGCGUUUGAUCCCGGAGGGACUCUUCGUGGUGUCGUGGUGCUGCAGCCAUUGAAGUUCUUCUCAAAAACCUCCUCAACGCUAUAA